AAACUAUUCAAUAUGAAAUGGGCAUUGGGCGAAUGGGUCCUCACCAAAGAAUUAUGCAAAAAUUUGAAAUAAAUUCAACUAAUAUUGAUGAAAGUUCUGUUUUUCGUUUAGAUGAAUUCACUUUUAUCAUUAGAUCAGCCGGAGGUGAAGGUGAUUAUACAGUUCAAAAAACUGGAAAUAAUAAACUAACCCUAGUCUGCAAUUGUAAUGCCUAUUUAAAAAAUCCAGCACUUUGUAAGCACAUAUUUGUGGUAUCCCAAAAAUUCAAUAUUGAAAUGCCAGAGCAAGCAACUUACUUUCUUCCGCACAGUAAUGAUAUACCAGUUAUUAAUGAACAA